AUGUCCUCCCCCAAAAGAAACCCUGACCAGCUGGACCGCCAAACCACAACACCCUUCCACCUGAAGCUCUUCUACCGGCUGUCUUCCUUCCACCACCUAACCGACUUUCCCAUUCCCACCCCAUCAACUCCUUCUCCCGUCCUUCCACAACACCUGCAAAUCUACACCUGGCCCACCUGCACCUUGCUCGAGCUCUCCCACCUCCUCACCACCGCCCUCCCCAACCUACUUCCCUCACCCGCAAUCGGAACGCGCUUAAGCUUCCGCCUAGUAUACCCUGACACGCGACCCCUACCACCGGGCCGCAUGCGCGAGGAUGACGGGAUGCGAGGCCGCUGGACGAGCAAGGAGAUGGGCAGCGUGGUCAUAUCCGCCGGUGCUGCUGCUGCGGAUGACGGAUCAGAGGAAGCAGACGCGGUGAAUGGGACCAGUGGUGGCGCAGGUAUCAAGUUCCGAAAUACAGAGGAAGCGGAACGAACGCUUGCGGAUUCGAGGUUCGUGAUUGGUGAUUUCGUGGACUGCGCUAUCUUUCCACCGCUGCCGGAUGGAUCGGUCGCGCCUGGCGCGCAGAGGGGAGGGUAUUCUGGUGGCGUCGGGCCAAGGGGGAUGGGAAUGGGGAUGGGCGGGCCGCCGCCUCCGAGGGAGAACGGAUAUGGGAGAUCGAGGGGAGGCGGGUAUGGAUUGGGCAGGGGGGAUGGCUUUGGAGGCGGGAGUAGGGGUGGAGAUUUCAGUGGAGGAAGAGUGCCGCCGGGGGAAUGGAGGAGAGGCGAGAGGCUACCUGAUAGUGGGUACGGGAGGGGCGGCUAUGGAGGCGGAAGAGGGAGGGGAAGAGGAGGCUACUGA